AUGGAUGGGAACUAUGAUUUCAAUGACAAGUCUUUGGAUGACUUGGCUGAGAAAAUUGUGUUCAAUGACUCAGAUGACUUUGAUGGCAUAAAUCCGACCCUUUCUGAGGUAGAUCCAUAUUACCAGCAAAAAGUCAAUGCCGUAGGAAAUAAAGGCUUAUCUCCAUUACAAAAAUGCACAACUGCCAUGAGUAUGUUAGCAUAUGGAGUUUCGGCUGACGUUGUUGAUGAUUGCACACAAAUAGGUGAAAGCACUGCAAUUGAGUGCUUGGAAAAGUUUGUUGAAGAUGUAAUUUCAGCUUUUGAGUGUGAAUUCUUCUGUACCUCAAAUUCGAAUGAUGUACAAUGCUUUCUAAAGAUAGGAGAGAACCGUGGCUUUCCCAACAUGAAGGGAAAUAUUGACUGCAUGCAUUGGAAGUGGAAAGAUUAUCCAAAAGUUUGGAAAUGUAUGUUCUUAAGUGAUUACUGUGGGGUUCCCACUAUUGUACUUGAAACUGAUGUUUCUUCUUCUGACCUUUGA